AUGAUGAACAAAGCCAUCGGAAAACUGCACAGAAACAGAGCUCUUUUCUUUUGUUGUGAUAUUCAAGAUCGAUUUAGAAAUUUAAUUCAUAAUUUUCCCUCUGUGCUCUAUGUUGCUUCUAUGAUGAAUCAAGCCUCAUCUCUCAUGAAUAUUCCUUUCAUUGCUACCGAGCAAUAUGUAAAAGCCUUCGGAAAGACUUGUCCCGAAGUAAAUUUACCAAAUCCUCCAAAAGAAGACUAUUAUCUAUUUGAAAAGAAGAAGUUUUCAAUGCUUACAGAGGAUGUUAAAAAAGUAUUAGAAAAGUAUCCACAACGAGAUCAAAUUGUGUUGUUUGGUAUUGAAGCUCAUGUUUGUGUUUUGCAAACUGCUUUGGAUUUGUUAGAGGCUAACAAGGAAGUGCAUGUACUUGCAGAUGGUACAUCCUCACAGAGAUCUUUUGAUCGAAGUGUAGCCUUUGAAAGAAUGAGACAAUCAGGUGCUUUCAUCACUUCAUGUGAAAGUGCUUUAUUUCAAAUGAUGGAAGGAGCUGAUUAUGAAAAGUUCAAGGAAGUGAGUGCAUUGAUGAAUCCAAAACUCAGCCAACUUCGUCCUCAUCCUGGUGAAUUCAAUCAGUAA